CGGAAAUACGUCAUCGCGUUGACUGUACGUCGCUCUGGCGGGAACGUCACCUUUUUCAGCAACAUGAAAACCCAAAUCUGACACAGCUUCGAAAUGUGUAUCACAAGCUUUUUAAUUUUAGACUAAAUUAAAGAUGGUUCAGAUAUUUGUAAGAAGCAGUGUGGAUGGUGGUGGUCCUUCAGAGUGGCUGCUGGUGGAGCUGCAGGGAGAGAUGGUGUCCCGACACAACUCUGGUCUGGCUGGAAACGUAAUGGGUGACCUGAUGUACACCAAAGAGGGGGUGCCGGUGCUUAUUGUUGGUCAUCACAUUCUGUACGGGAAGCAGGUCAAACUGGACAAACCCUUCGCCGUCCUCAUGAAGCACUCGGGUCAUUCUCAGGACAGCCAUGAUGAUGCCAUGGAAACGGACCAGCGGGACUCCACCUCGUACUCGGUGAAGGCACUCAUCAAACGGAAGCUGAUCUUUAAGACGCGCCCCAAACCCAUCAUCACAAAUGUGCCCAAAAAGGUGUAGCGUGAGCUCGCCCUCAUGAGCAGCUUUACCUGUCAGACUGAAGCUGGCAGCAGUUCGGUUCUGCUGAUGGAUCCCUGUGAGGCUGACAGAGGUUCAGAUGUUGUAAAUGUUCUGAGGCGUUCUUUCUGAACGACACUCACUUUGGUUCCUGUGUGGUAUUCAGUUUUGUGCCUGUACAGAGAUGCAGAAGAAUUCUUAGAGUCUGACAUAUUUAUGAACAAUCAUCUGUUUGAUGUUGAACAUCUGAAUGAUUCUUUAAAUAAAACUUGCAUCGACAAAAA